AUGAUUAUUGAUGAAUAUUUGUGGCACAUUCAUAUUGGUGAUUCAACAAUGUCCUUGUCAAUGUUUCAUAAUUUUUGUAAAAAUGUGUUAACAUUGAUAGGAGGUCGAAUAGUUUCAUUACGUUUAAGAUUAACCAAUGUUAUUGGCGGAUGGUCGAUUAUUUCAUCAUCUUUCCGAUAUCAUCAAACAACAUUACUCCAACGUCUUCAUCUCAUUGAUAUAAAACCACAUGAAUUUGAUAAAUUAUUGUCUAGUCCUUUAAUAAAACAAUUACAUACGCUAUUAGUUGAUGUGAAACAAAAUAGUCUCUUCAAGCAACAAACAGUUGAAGGAGUUUAUCUAACUAAAGCCUGUUCAAAAUUACCACGUCUAACAAUUUGUCGACUUCCAUUUGAUAUUUGUACUAAAGAACGAAAUGAAUUAGGGAAAUAUUCAACUAUAAUAGAAAUAAGUUUGCCAAAUAUAUUAAAUACGACUCAUCUUCGUAGAUUGACAAUUGGUAUGAACACAUCAUAUUUUCUAGAACGUUUAUUAUUACUAAUACCGUUUAUUGAACAUCUUUCUAUUGGCGUAAAAGAUCCGGAUAUAAAAGAGAAUGAUAGGAUUAACAUUAUCCGAUUACCCGUUGCUGUUCAACCUGAUCGCCUUUUAUAUUUAUCUCGUUUAUCUAUAGAUUGUGCGAAUAACAAUAGUUUCCAUCGUGCUAUUUCACUUUUAUCAUCUGUAUUUAAUCGCAUUACUCAUUUCUCAUUAAAAUUCGAAGGAUAUUCAUAUCUAUCUGAUCCAUUGAUUAUAUCAGGUGAUACUAUACAGGAAUUAUGUAUCAAUCGACUUAAUCCAUUGGCAAGGUAUUAUCUACAUUUAACAUUUUAUAUAAAUAACGAUUUGGAAGAGAAAAUAAUAUUCAACUCAUUCUUUAAAGUUCCAUUCAUUAAUCAACGACGACCAAAAGUUUUCAUUCAAGAAACUAAUCAUUUUAACAUUGGUGAAACUCCUCAUAGUUUUAUGGUAUAUACUUUACCAUAUAAUGAUAAAAUAUUUUCAUCAUCUCUACUUACUAGAGAUCUUGAAAUAUAUUCUCAAAUGUCGGUUAAUGCACUAGAUUUGUUUCGACAUACUGAUCAGUUGCUGCUUAAUGGUUUUGUAGGCAAUAAUUAUUUUUCAGAUCUUGCUAAUUGUAGAAGUUCUAUAUCAUCACUGGUUCCAUGGACACAAAUAAGUAAAGUUUUUGUUUGUGGAACUGAUUUUAUUAAAUCAGGAACAUUAGAAUCUAUAUUACGAAUGGCUUCUAAUGUACAUACAUUAGAAAUAUGGGAUGUUGAUGGGACUCUACCACGCGCUAUAUUACGCAACAAAAAUGAUGUAGGAACUCGUAUCAAUGAACAAAUAGAAUCGCUGAAGAUAGUGGAUUUUACUAUGGAAUUGUCUAGGACGGAACGAUUUUGCACACGACUCUACAAUCAAUUACCUAAUUUGAAAACAAUUUCAUUUUGUAUUCGAUAUUCAGAUCGUUUAGAAGAAAUACAAUCAUCAUCUAUUACUGAUGAUAAAAAUGAAUCUACAAAUGGUAUUAUUAAAAUAAUGCAUUUUCUUGUUGAUCAUUUCAAACAACUUGUUUCAAUUGAUAUACAGUUUAUCGAAAAGUCUUCAUUUAUGUCACCUUAUUAUCCACAUCUAAUUCGAAAACAAAUAUAUGAAAAACCACUUAGUCGACCUAAUCGACUUCAAUGUUAUCAUGAAACAAUUCAAAUCUGGCUUUAA